AUGCUGGCGUGCGUUGGAGUAUGGCCAAUUAAAUUAAUAGAGUCUACUGGAAUCCAUAAAAUACUUAUUCAAAACUACAGUAAAGACCCAUUUGAAGUGGUUUGCGAUGCAAGGACUCAAGGAGGGGGUUGGACUAUUAUUUUAAGACGGACUGAUGGAAGCGUGAAUUUUGAGCGUGACUGGAAUAGUUAUAAAAAAGGAUUUGGAGAUCUGAAUAACGAGUUUAUUUUAGGAUUGGAUAAAAUACACGCACUUACUGCAAAGGAGACUCAGGAGUUGCUCGUAAUCCUUGAGGACUUUAAUGGAGAUGAAAGAUACGAGCGGUAUAAUAGAUUUGGAAUAGGCGACGAGGAUGAAAAAUAUAUAUUACACACUCUGGGAACAGAGAGUGGUAGUGCUGGUGACUCACUUCGACAUCAACAGGGCAUGAAAUUUGCAACCGUUGAUCGUGAUUAUAAAAACUGCGCCAAACAUAUCACUGGCGGCUGGUGGUAUAAUGGAUGUGUCGAAAGCCACUUGACUGGUAAAUAUAAGGACAACACCCUGAACAAGGGCAUUACUUGGGACGCCUUUAAAGGACCUAAUUACUCCCUUAAAAGGGCCAUUAUGAUGAUUCGGCCAAAAAGUAAAUUCUAACACAUUUACGUGUACAACGUUAUUUUUAAGUAAUAAUACAUUCUGUUUUAUUCGCAUUCACCUAUUUACAUGGAAAAGUCAUAUGAAAACCAAAUCGAAAUGUUCUAUCAUUUUAUCAUUGAAAGGCUGCUUUUGAUAUUGAUGAUAUUUACAAAAUAUGUCACAUUAAGUAAAUAAAUAAAUACAACAGGUCCUGCAAAUAAUUAUGAUAUAA